AAUGUAGCACGGUGGUCACAUGACGGGCGCACAGCUGAGGGAUGCCGAGGCUUGCCCGUUGCUAACCAGCUAGCCCUGUUAGCUGUAUCUAGCGAUUCUGGCAGAAACGGGCGGAUUUUAUUCCGCAUUUCCUAACCAAAUCCUACCGAGUGACCCAUACUACCCGUCAUGGGGAGGAUACAGCACGUAGGGUCGUCGUCUGUAUCCCCUCGUAUUGCCAGCUUUUGCUCAGGCUUCAGUGUCAUAAAUCGUAGCUAGGGCUGUCCAGUUAGCUCAAGGCCAAGCGAAGAAAAAGGCAGGCCGUCGGAUUUCUGGCUCGAUUAACCAAAAAUUUGUGGCGUGUGUAUGAAUUUAAACCUGUACAGGCGGAUCAGAGAAGAUUGGAGCAUCGAAUCUUUCAUAUCUACUUUGGGAUCAGUUCUUCGUUUGAAGACACCGCUCGCCUCUGCCAGUAUUUUCAUCACUUCCAACCCCAGAUGAACCAUGUCUUCGUCAGGGUGCUGCCAGCUCCCCGGCUCCCUUUGCGAUUAUUCUGGGAACACUGAGACUGAUGCCUCUAAGGAUUCAGAAGAGUCGGAUUCUACUACACAGGCCCAGUACGUUGCCAAGGUUACGGCUAAAGAUGGCCGUCCACUCUCCACUGUUGUCAAAGCGGUGAGCUUGCAGAGUGACGUGGGGAUGUGUCGGAUUUGUCAUGAGGGAGCUGGAGGGGAGACUCUGCUCUCACCCUGCGACUGCACUGGCACUCUGGGAAAAGUGCACAAGAGCUGCCUGGAAAAGUGGCUGUCAUCCUCUAACACCAGCUACUGUGAGCUUUGUCACACAGAGUUCACCAUUGAACGGAGACCACAACCACUGACACAGUGGCUGAAGGACCCCGGCCCUCGCAGUGAGAAGCGCACAUUGCUGUGUGACAUGGCCUGCUUCCUUCUCAUCACGCCCCUGGCAGCUAUCUCCGGGUGGCUGUGUCUCAGGGGAGCCCAGGAUCAUCUGCAGCUGAAAAGCAGACUCGAGGCCGUUGGGCUUAUUGCCCUAACCAUCGCCCUCUUCACCAUCUACAUCCUCUGGACUCUGGUGUCGUUUCGGUAUCACUGUCAGUUGUACUCAGAGUGGAGGAGGACCAAUCAGAAAGUUCGCCUGCUCAUGCCUGACAUGAAGGGGGCGCACACCACCCAGCGUUCGGUGCCGACCAAGUCGACCAAGAAAAUGACUGACGAGACCAUCGUAUGAGUGCAGAGCGUUGGCGUGGGGAAAAAUGCAAAUCAAGCUCACACAAGCACUCUCUAAAAACAAGAUUAAUCCUAGUAAUACUGAACUUUUGCACUUCAUAUGGACGAUCCUGGAGGGAAAGAGCUGCUUUCUCCUCAUGAGUUAUUUGUUAAACGCUUGAUUUAAAAAAAAACAACAAAACAAAAAAAAACAAAAAACAAAGAACGCUAUUGGUUAACCACAAAAGGGGAUAUUGAAGGAACUCAUUUCAGAGUCAUAUUAGAUAAAAACUGUGUAUUAACCAGCGCUGGGUUGUGGAGGAACUGACACAGAGAAUGAACUAACCAGCCUGACUUUUUAUGUCGGUGGCAGAAACGUAUAAAAUACUAAGACACAAGCUAAUUUAGCAGGAUAUAACUGAUUCAGCAUGCUACUACAGUAUAAUAAGAGACAUAUUCACUACCUAUUAUUCCCCUAUAAUGCCCCCGCACAAUGCAUUUAGCUGGUUUUGAACCGUGGACGAACAGUAAUUCUGCAAAAGGAUAGGAAUCUAAGUGAAGAAGAUUGUCUAGCUGUGAAUACUCAUAUUUUUUUUUGUUUGUUUGACAAGUAGGGGACUAGUGUCGCCUCUACCACUGUCCCUAUUUGAUUUUUCAGGUGAAGUUUUACAUUGCUUUCUCUGGAGGAAAUAUUAAAUCAUGUUCCUCCUUGGUCAGUAAACGGAAGCACUUUGCAUCGGUCACAUAUGUCAAGAGGGGAUACUGGGAAUUGUAAUACGUGAAAUAACACUAACUCGACCCAUGAAAAAGUAUUGAAGUGUUUACAAUUUAAUUGGAUGAUGUAUCUUUUAUUGUCAUAAAAGUGCAUUAGAAAAUAGUCUCACUCCACAUGUAAAUGCAUCACUCAUGAGCUGAGCUGCCGAGCAAUGAUCCAUGGCAACGUCUUAAAAACCACAAGAGAUGCAGUUUCAAAAAUAAGUGAAACAGUGUUCAGAUAAGCGAGAUUGAAGGCGUGGGGGAAAAAAUUGAGACACGUGGUUCAAGACCAGGUUGGUGCUCAGCCGAAGAGAAAUGUGCUUUGACAUGUCAAUCAAUGUAUACUAAAAGUAUUUUGUGUUACUAUAGUCUUCCUGCUUUAUCCCCCUGGAAAGUUGGGUUAUUGUGCAAUAAAACAUGAAGAACUCCUGGA